CCCAUCAUCUGCGGCGUAGACUGCUGCCCUUUUACCUCUGCACCAUGUACCAAAGAGCGCUCAUAAGACAAACAACUAAUCAGCCUAGAGUUUGCGCUGAUGUUACGGUUCUCGGUUGCCUCGGUACUUGUCCGGACCUGCAGCGUCUGUGUGUCUGCAGAGGGAUGUCAGCGGUGGUGUGUGUUUAUCAGAUCGAGUCCCCACAUUUGGUUUCCAGUCGCGUCCUGCGCGCUGUAGGACGCGCGGGCGAUCAGCUGAGCAGGAAAGGAGACGGAGCCAGCGGUGAGAAACAGGCGCAGUCACUCAGCGUCUGUGCGGACAUUUCAGCGGAGUUUACUGCCGGGAUCCGCUGCCAAUUGUUGGCCUGCGCCGUGUCUGCUUUUGCGGACGGGAUGUUGGAGGUGGUCGCCGCGCAAAAAUGAACACAGACUGCACCCAACCUUCAGCGGUUCCAACGCCAAGAUUUGUUUGUCACGCCAACCUGAAGCUGCUUUCCCCUCUUACUUCUGCAUCCAGGGGUCCUAAACCUUCUGUAGCCCCAAAACCUAAAGUCAAAGUGCUGAUAAAUGGCAACCAAGGAGGGUUCAGUAACGGGAGUGCACAAUCAUCUGAUGCAAGAAGUGACAAAGCAACUGUGAAGCAGAAUGGCCUGAACAAAGUUAUCAUGAACACAUCAUCUGGGAAGAAACACUUAAAUCUCAGUAGUCUCAAAUUCGACAAAAGAGAUCUAGAAACUAUAUCAAAGGGGACGGUGGACAGUGGAGGCACAGAAGCAGAAAAGGAGGAAGAUGAAAGUAAGAACAUGGAUGAUUGCAGAUUAACAGACAGGGCCCUUACAGAGGAAGGGGACUCCCUGAAAACACUAUGGGUUAGUGACGACAGACUCACAGCUGACUCCGAGGAGGCAGAGGAGAUUACUGACACAGACGACAUGGAUGCUGAAGGUUGUGAUGGAGGUGAGGCACUGGCUGAUGCAGACGGCCUCUCAAUGGGAGACAUUUCUGCUAGUCCUGAAGAUAGAUUGUUUUGCCACUCCAUCGUAACGCAGGAGCAGAUUCAAACAACUGGAGACAGAAGUACUGCAGAUGAUUUAUCAAAGUCUUCUGCUGAAAAUGGACUAUGUCUUAAGGAGAGAAUGAUGGACACUCAGGGAAGAGAGAAAGAGCCAGGUCCAAAUUGGUGUUGUAAUAGCCUGAAGUUGAUGUGUGGCCAUCAAAUUAAUGGAAAGGGUGAAAAUCAGCAGGAGAUUAGUUUGUAUGACUACAUUCCUAAAAUCCACCAACAAGUUUGUUCUGAAGCAAUUGAGCCUUUUUACAUCUGUUCAGAGGAUAUUAUUAACAUGACAGCUACGCUCUCAGAAAGUGGCAGUACCUCUGUAAAAAGAACUGGAGUACCAGCUGGAAAAUACAAUGAAACACCUGAGAAUGGACAUUUUGUGGACUGCAUGAACACUGAUAAAGAUAUUGAGUAUGGCGGCAAUAACAAGGCUACAGAAAUGGAGGAUAUGUUGAACCACUUGGACUGCCAGCCAAGGUUUAGACAGGUUGCCAUCUCAGUGCCAACAGACACAGACACCUCACUGACGUCUUCUUUCUCUGAGAGCCAGCUGCUCUCCCCAAAUGACUCUGAAGUCUUCAAAGAUGACGAGGAUUUGGAGGGUCACAUUGUGCCCUUUCUGGAUGAGACCAGUGACAUGGAGCUCCACAUUACAGAUGAGCAUGUUUAUGAGGAACCAGGGCAAAGUUCAUGUACUGAAAGUGGUUUUCUUUUGGAUAGCAAGACUGCUGGUAUUAGAACACACUCUUUGUCAAAUUAUAUUUCCACUACUGCGGGGGAUCGGGGAGUACAAUUUCUCCAUAAGACCUACAUUAGUGGAUUAGGACAACCUGCAUUGAGCAGCAGCCCAGUGUUAAAUUCAACGCGGCACAAAAGCUAUUCAAAACCCAAAUAUUUGUCUCUGUACCCACGCUCCCUGUCCAUGGAGGGACACAACACACCUCUCUGUAUCUACAAGGAUGACUCCUACAGACAUAGAGAUGGGGUUUCCUCAUCUGAGAGCUUCUCCAGGUGCUCACCUCUCUCUUCUAGUGCCCUGUCCACACCUACUUCUUUGAUGGAUAUCCCCCCUCCCUUUGAGCUGGCCUAUAUCACCAAAAAGCCUAUCACAAAGAGUUCCCCCUCUCUUCUUACUAGAGAAGAGUUUUCAGAGAAGGACAGGAAAAAGAAAUCCUCCAUUAAGCGCUUUCUACUUAAAUUUGGGUGGAAAACGGAACAUAAGUCUGGAACAGAUGCCAAGUCAUCCUCUUUGAAAUCCUCGGCUGAGUCCAGCCAUUGUUCACACAACAGACUUUUGGCGUUUGAUCGGCAGAGCAUGAGUGGUUCUCCACAACUAAAUUUACGUCAGGCAAACAAGCCUCAGGGAUCACCCGAGUCUUCAUCCCACUUUCUGUUCCACAAAGAGAGUAAAAGGAAAGGGAACUCUGUGGCCUUCCUCAACAGGAGUGUUGUCCGAGUGGAGUCCUUCGAGGACCGCUCCCGAGUGCCUUUUGCACCUCUUCCUUUCACCAAACCCCGCUCUAUCUCCUUUCCCAACACUGAUACCUCAGAUUAUGAGAACGUCCCUCCGCUCAGCUCAGAUUAUGAGAAUGUUCAGAUGCCACAGUGGAGGCCAAUUCGACAGAUGCCACUCACACACUUCUUUGACCGUCCUAGUCGAGUUUUGUCUUCAACAAAUGAAACAGAUGGUUAUGUCGACAUGAAGAGUCUUCCAGGAUUUGAGACAAAAACACAUUUACCUGAAGAGGAAACUGAAAGUGCCUACACAGAAGCCUACAACGUCUGUUCGGGGGCUGCUGGUGCCAGGAGUGACGAUCGGGGAGAGACGGUGGGGGACGAAGACCAAGGACGCACCUCUGAGGAGGAAGACGUGGGGACAGACGUCAACUAUGACCGACAGUCCGAUGGUCGAUUCAGAGCCUUUUACAUCGUUAAAGAGCUGGUGGAUACAGAGCGACUACAUGUGAAGGCCCUCAGGUUGCUUCAGAAAGACUUUCGGAAAGUUGUGGGGUCUGCAGUCGGGGAUGACGGGCAGCCGGCGAUGGACGAUGAGAGACUCAGAGAGAUUCUCAAUGAGCUGCCUGAUGUCUACAUACUGCAUAGCAAAAUCCUCACCGAGCUGGAGAGUCGAAUCGGACAUUGGGAGGACAGCCAAAGGAUUGCUGAUAUUUUCCUGUCCAGGAAAGCAGAGUUUUUGGUCUUCACCACUUACAUCGGCCAUUAUGAUCGAAGCAUCAGUUUACUGGAGGACGGCUGCAGAGCUUCACCUGCGUUUGCAGCUAUAGUUCAGAAAUAUGAGGAGCAGAACCCAGCCGGGGAGAGAGUUCCUCUUCAACGUCAGCUCCUGCAGGUUAUUGUGCGCGUUGCUCAGUAUCGUCUGCUCCUCACAGAUUAUCUGAACAACCUUUCCCCUGAUUCCAAGGAAUACGAAGACACCCAAGCUGCAGUAGCGAUCAUGUCUGACAUUGCAGAUCAAGUCAAUGACAGCUUAAAACAUGGGGAGAAUCUGUUGCGUCUGAUCAACAUAGCGUACAGUGUUCACAGCCCACGGGACCUAAUUCAUCCUGGCAGGGUUUUUGUGAAGGAGGGAACCCUGAUGAAGGUCAGCAGGAAGAGUCGACAGCCCCGACAUUUGUUUUUGAUGAACGAUGUGCUGCUCUACACCUUCCCCCAGCAGGACGGGAAAUACAGACUGAAGAACUCGUUGCCACUCAGUGGGUUGAAGGUCAGUAAACCCAACAUCCCAAAUGUGGAAAAUGCCUUGAAAAUAGAGGGAUCAGAGAUCUCCAUUGUCCUGUCUGCCAGCUCUUUUCUUGAAAGAGAGGACUGGUAUUAUACUCUCAAUCGCACUGUGACUGAACAAGCAAGAGGCUCUGCAGCCAGCUCUGGAGAGACCAGAGAUCGUCUUUGGCUUUCUCUGGGAGAAAAAGCUCCCACUCUCGUUCCUGUCUCACAAGUGAUGAUGUGCAUGAACUGCACUGCAGAUUUCAGCCUCACUGUUCGCAGACACCACUGCCACAGCUGUGGAAGAAUUGUUUGUCGAAGCUGCUCCAGGAACAGAUAUCCACUGAAGUACAUGAAAGACCGCAUGGCCAAAGUGUGUGACCACUGUUACAACGAGCUAAAAAAGAGAGGAGGAGAAGUGUCCGAGCUCUCAGCCAAAUGUAGCCCUCGGCUGACCCGCUCCAGUCGUCCCCUCUCCACCGUAUUUCAAAAUAUUCAUCCCCCCAAUAUAUGGAGACAUCGAAAAGGCACAGCCUCUUUCACUCAGGCAACCGUUUCAGAGGAAGGCUCCAUCAGCGGGACUCUGCAGCGGAGCAAGACAAGCAAAAAGAACUGGAAAAGACUGUGGUUCCUGCUGAAAGACAAGGUGCUUUACACCUACCGAGCCCGAGAGGAGAAGGUAGCGUCAGAAAGUUUACCGCUUCUGGGUUUCACAGUGAAGCUACCUGACAAGCAGGGAGGAGACACAGAGGCCAACAUCUUCCAGCUUUACCACCAAAACACUUUGUAUUACACCUUUAAAGCUGAAGAUAACUUCACAGCUCAGAGGUGGGUCAAUGCAAUGGAGGAAGCCACAAAUUUAUAGACUCAACCCUUCUGCUGCCUUCACCCUCCUACAAACCCCCGUCUCUAAAAAGCGACUGGACGUAAAACCAAACUGGAAAGACCGGAGAAAGGCACUUUUCUGUUUGGCAUGUCACAACCCUCCCAGCUAAGCUGAGGAGAAGAAUACAUGGUGUUCUUUAAAAAGAGGACACAAUCUACCUACUUUGUCCUUCUGCAGUGUUCUUCCCUCCCUGCUGUCGCAGCAGGUGUGACACCGAGGGCUGCAGGAGAUGUUGGCCCAGAUACUUGCCAGCGUGGAGCGCCGCCUGUCAGCUGUUACUCACCGCCCCAUUUCCCAGAAUCCAUCGGAGUUAUUAUCACAUCUUACACAAGAUACACAAUACAGUCAAUUCACGGCAUGUUUGGACUUGGUUAAUUUAUUAAUCUGUUUGAAAACACUGAACAAGGAAAUGAAAGGACGGAUUUUGCUCUUGUUUACAUGAAAAAACACGCUGAAGCCUCAGUCACUACUCUCAAAUGGCCUCAUAUUUACUUUGAUGUAGUUAUGCCUUAAUUUCAACAUGUGCUUUUUGUACUUUAUUUAAAGCAUAAAAAUAUUAAUUGGUGGGAAGAACAGAUUGAUAAGACGAGAGAAAAAUAUUUUCAAAAGACUGUUAUUUAUCUGUGUACCAUAUUGUUGGAGAGAGUCCUUCCUGUAAAUCAAUUUUUUUUCUCAGUUUGCACUGAUAUUAAAGGCAUAAUUCAGAUUUUUUUUAGGCAGUUCACUUUCAAAAAGUUAGAAAUAGUUGAUAAUUUACCUGCAGUAAAUACAACUAUUUGCAUUUUGAUUUAGUAAAAACCCAGAUAAGCUGGUCCCAGAGACCCGAGAAAAAAAAAA